AUGCUCCGAUCUCUAUGUUGUCCCAGGGCUUUCAUUGGACGCAAUGUCGCUACAUGGGCAAAAAUUCUGCCAUGGCAGAAUCUUUCCGGUGAACUGCUGCUAACCGUGGUCAACAGUUUUUCGGUAUACAAUAAUAUGGCCUUGUCCCAGCAAAGCCGUGGAAUACAUGCUCUGUAUGACGUGAGAAAUCGUCAGAAAUAUCAUCAAAUGAAGUUCGGCCGAGAGGAGUCUUUGCAGGCCCAUAAAGCUGUACUUCAGGCUGGCCUAGGCACUUUACUUACCAUCUUACGAAACCCCUCCCUUGGAGAUUAUGUUCAUCGUGUGGACCUGUAUGGAACGGGAAUGAUUGACUUCGAUGAAAAUUCAAAUCAAGAUUCUGUGCUAACACCUGAGGACAUCGACACAAUUAAGCAAGCAAUUUUACGCGCCGGCUUCCAAGAUGCACAGGAGCGCGAGUCAAUUUUAACUAUGCUUUUACGAAACCCUGCUGAAUUCCAAUCUUGUUCAAGCAUGGAAACUCUUCAGUUCAAAGAUGCCCUCAUUACGCUCUUAGUUGCAGUCUCCCCGAACCUUGAAUCUAUGUCAAUGUAUCCAUUACUGGAAUACAUUAGAUCCCCAUCCACCGGAGAUUAUGAAAGGGUGAAUCUUCUCAAAAAAUUUCUUUGUCAAGCGUCCGCGUCUGCAGAGUCGGUGCCAUACUGCCAAAAUCUACGAGAUUUUAGCUUCCACCCAGACGAUACAAUUAACGAAUUCAAUGAGUAUGUUGAAGACCCAUAUUAUGAUCGGCUCAAUAUGAUCCGCAAACUACCAGCUGUUGAAUCGGUCGCUUUCAAGCUAGUAACGUGGAGUAAUGAAGCGGGAAUACCCCCUCCGCCCCGUUCCGCCAACUACAGCAAGAUCAGCUUUACACAUUCGCGACUGGAAAUUUGGGAUCUUUGCUGUAUCAUAGAAUCCGCCAAGGCCUUGAAAAGUUUAACUUUCACUAUCGGUGGUCGUUCAGAGCCUGAUAGUGGUGGCAUCGCUAUCUUAGACGUGACUCCGAUACUCAAGUCUCUUUGGAUACAUCGCGAGGUUCUAGAAGAAUUAAAUUUGGAUAUGGAGAGCCAGAUACCUCGGAAAGACUUGUACGAUAAGGAAUAUCAACCUUGCCUUGGGGAUGGAAUGAGUGAAGAGGACCGAGAGGUUUAUGAAGAGCGAUGGGCAGACGAGCUACAGGAGCUAGCCGCUCCAGAAAUCGCACCCGCGCGCGUUUCCUUGAAAGACUUUCCGAAGCUGAGGAACCUCAGUAUUGGAGCUCAUACGCUAUGCUACUUAGCUCGAGGUACAGGAGAUGGCGAGACGCAGCGUGACUCAAAGUCUUUCAAUCUUGUUGAUCAUAUCCCGUCUACUCUUGAGUCUCUCCGGAUUUACGGCCAUGGACAGCCUAUGGAAUAUCCCUAUCUGGAUCACGAAUCUGAUCUAGAUGUUUAUGCCCAAAUCGAGCAACUGGCGCAUGAAAAAGAUGCGAAGCUGCCAGGACUCAAGAUCUUGGAAGGCGUUGAUCCUUGCAUUCCAAAUGGUAGGAAUGUGAAGAAAGGGUCGGAUCCAGAUGAUCUGGAACUUUUCUGGAAAGAUCCAGAUGAUGACAGAUUUGAUUAG